AUCUAUAAAUAUCUUUUUCAUAUUCUGUGUACAAAUAUCACUUGCUCUAAGUUAUCAAUCAAUCAUUUCAUUCUUACCUUAAACUACAUUUAAGGUUCAGUGCAUUGCCUUGCACUUGAACUCAAGGGCUUCUUGAUUUUUAAGCCAAACAAGCAAUUUUUCACUUCCAUUUACUUAACUCUGUGAAGGGUUUAUCUCAUUUUGCUUAUUCUUUUUACUUUGCAUUUUUAUUUCUUUUACUCAACAACUGGCGCCCACAAAUAUUUCAUUUUUCUUUUCUCUUAAAAUUGUACAAGAAACCAUUCUUUGCUUUCACGAGACCUUUUGGGUAGUUUUUUUUUUAAGUUGUCUUAAUCUCGUUUGAUGGGAUUGCUAUAAAUAAGUGGGAUUUAUUUGCACUUCUUUCCUACAUGGAAAAUUCAAUGAAGGGGAAGAGUUGAUAUAUUCUUAUGAUCAAAAGUGUCUUCUCUCUUGAAUUUUGAUUCAUACAGUUGAUAAAAAUGAAGUCUUUAGUGUUAUUCAAGGUGAUGAUAGUUUUAUUACAGUUAUGUGGAUGUUCUUUUGGUAAGGAGUGUACUAAUAUUCCAACUAUUUUGUCUUCACACACUGUAAGAUAUGAAUUGUUGUCAUCUGGUAAUGAAACAUGGAAAAAGGAGAUGUUUUCACAUUACCAUUUGACUCCUACUGACGAUUCUGCCUGGUCGAAUUUGCUUCCGAGGAAGAGGUUGAAGGAGGAUGAAUACAAUUGGGCAAUGAUGUAUAGGACAAUUAAGAAUUCAGGUGGGGUUGAAGGUCUGCUUAAAGAAGUUUCAUUGAAUGCUGUGAGGUUGGAUCCUAAUUCAAUGUAUGGACAGGCCCAGCAAACUAAUUUAGAAUAUUUACUGAUGUUGGAUGUUGAUAGUCUCGUUUGGAGCUUCAGGAAGACGGCCGGUUUGGAGACUCCUGGCGAGCCGUAUGGUGGGUGGGAGGCUCCAAGUUCCGAACUUCGGGGCCAUUUUGUAGGGCAUUACAUGAGUGCUUCAGCAAAAAUGUGGGCUAGCACUCAUAAUGACAGCCUCAAACAGCAGAUGACAGCAGUCGUUUCUGCUCUAUCUUCUUGUCAAGAGAAAAUGGGAACAGGGUAUCUUUCUGCUUUCCCCUCUGAGCAAUUUGACCGGUUUGAAGCAAUAAAACCUGUUUGGGCACCGUAUUAUACAAUUCACAAGAUAUUGGCAGGUCUUGUGGAUCAGUAUACUGUGGCUGGUAAUGCUCAAGCUUUAAAAAUGACGACAUGGAUGGUUGAUUACUUCUACAACCGUGUACAGAAUGUGAUAUCAAAAUAUACACUUGAAAGACACUGGUUAUCACUAAAUGAAGAAACAGGAGGCAUGAACGAUGUUCUUUACAAAUUACACAGCAUAACGGGGGAUCAGAAGCACUUGUUAUUGGCUCAUCUUUUUGAUAAACCAUGCUUUCUAGGAUUGCUAGCUGUGAAGGCUGAUGAUAUAUCUGGAUUUCAUGCUAACACUCAUAUUCCAGUUGUUAUUGGAUCUCAAAUGCGGUAUGAAGUUACUGGCGAUCCUCUAUAUAAGUUGAUGAAUGGUGUGCUGAGCAUCCAAAGAGGAAGGGAACCUGGAGUAAUGAUCUACAUGCUCCCCCUGCGCCGUGGUGCUUCCAAGGCUCGAAGCUACCAUGGAUGGGGAACAAAGUAUGAUUCUUUUUGGUGCUGCUAUGGAACAGGCAUUGAAUCAUUUUCGAAACUGGGAGACUCGAUAUACUUUGAAAAGGAGGGAAAUACUCCUGCUCUGUACAUCAUCCAAUAUGUAUCUAGCUCACUUGAUUGGAAAAUGGGACACAUUUCCCUGAACCAGGAAGUAGAGCGUGUUGUAUCAUGGGAUCAACGCCUUCAAGUGACAGUGACAAUUUCCUCAAAAGAGCAAAUAGAAAAUGCAGCAUCUACCUUGAAUUUUAGGAUACCACCAUGGACAUAUUCCAAUGGUGCAAAGGCAUCAUUAAAUGGUCAGGACAUUCACUUAGCAGCUCCAGGCAAUUUCCUAUCACUGACUAGAAAUUGGAACCCUGGUGAUAAAAUUACUUUGGAGCUGCCUAUAAGUCUUAGAACUGAGACUAUCAAAGAUGACCGGCCGGAAUAUGCUUCUGUUCAGGCCAUAUUCUAUGGUCCCUACCUUCUUGCCGGUUUUUCAACUGGUGACUGGGAUAUCAAAGCAGAUUUAACUAAGUCUAUUUCUGAUUGGAUUACUCCAGUUCCAACUGAUUACAAUUCUCAUUUGAUAUCCCUUUCACAAGAAUCCGGGAAUGCAGUAAUUGUCCUCACAAACUCUAAUCAAUCAAUAAAAAUGGAGAAUUUCCCUCAAGAAGGAAAUGAUUCUGCUGUCAGUGCAACUUUUCGACUAGUUCUGAAAGAUGCAACAGAAUCUACAAAGUUUUCAGGGCCAACAGAUGCUAUUGGUAAAUUGGUCAUGCUAGAACCACUUGAUCUUCCAGGCAUGCUAAUUGUGGAUCAAGGAGUUGAACAAUAUCUUGGGAUUUCAGAUUCGUCGAAAGGUGGUGGUUCUUCUACUUUUCGCUUGAUUUCUGGGCUGGACGGGACAAAUGGAACAGUUUCCUUGGAAUCCGAGGAUCACGAAGGUUGCUUCGUGUACAGCAGUGUUGACUAUCAAUCCGGUACAAGCGUUAAGCUCAGCUGCAAAUCAUCAGAUUCUGGAUUUAAACAGGCAGCAAGUUUUACUUUGAGAGAAGGAUUGAGUGAGUAUCAUCCUAUCAGUUUUGUGGCAAAAGGGACAGACAGGAACUUUCUUCUGGCUCCAUUACUUAGCCUUAGAGAUGAAUCUUACACUGUAUAUUUCAACCUUCAGGCAUAAGGUGGGUUGGGGGUAAUAAAAGUGGAAUGGUUCUGAAAAUUUAAUAAUUCAAAAAUCAAACUCUACCGGUUUUAUAUUGGUUAUUAACUUAGUAUCUCUUCUUCAUGUCUGAAAUGAAUAUGUAUGAGAUAGAUAUUUAAAGAAGGGGAUUUGCCAUACAAUGAUGCAGGAGGAGAAAUGCGUUUUAUUGAUUGAACUCUGUUUUACUUUAUCAGUAUGUUUUGUAUAUAUUAAGUUUUUUCAUUUUUCAA